AUGACAGUAUCCUGGCCUCCAUAUAAAGCCAACCCACUGGGUAUCGCCACCUUGUCCCUCGGCAACUGGAGAGAGCAUCGCUUGGAACCACGCUUGAAAGCCGCGGCUGAAUCGGGAUAUCAAUGGAUCGACUUGUUUGAUGAGUGUUGGGCUGCAUACCUGGAGGAACAUGGACUGCCAGGAGACCAGCCUUGGGAACCCACUUCAGAGAAUCUGCAGAUUGCUCAAAAGUUGGCUCGUCUUGUCAAGUCCUUGGGAAUGCGGAUUGCUUGCACCCAGCCUCUUCGGAAAAUUGAAGGAAUCAAAGAUCCAACAGAACGCCAGGCUACCUUCGAUCUAGUCGCCAAACGUUUUCCGUUCAUGCGCGCCUUUGACACCGAUCUCGUCUUCAUGUGUGCGAAUAUUCGCGCGGAUAAGGGUGUGACAUCUGAUCUCAAGACAGUGGCACGAGAUCUCGCGGAACUGGGCGACAUGGCGGCCGCAUACGCAAAGGCUGACGGUGGGCGAAUGUUAAAAAUUGGGUACGAAGGCCUAUCUUGGGCGACUCGAAACACAUGGUCGGCCUCAUGGGAAGUGGUGCGAUUUGCCAACCGCCCCAACGUUGGACUAAUCGUGGAUGCCUUCAAUAUCCUCGCCGUCGAGUUUGCUGAUCCGUACAAUGUUGCUGGCCACGGGCGGAUUUACCCAACCUUAGAGGAAUCUCUAGAAGUCCUUACCGGAUCACUCGCGUCAUUGGUCUCGACGGUACCGGGUGAUCGGAUAUUUUUCUUCCAGUGUGGCGAUGCGGAGUUGAUGAACCCAACGACUUUCCUUCCUCCAACUGACCCAGAUACACCAGCACUGCUUCCAUGGUCGCGAAGUCAUCGGCUAUAUCCUAUGGAGCAGUCUAGAGGUGCAUAUAUGCCUGUUGAGCUUGUCGCAGCUGCUGUGCUUGGCACCGGGUACCGAGGCCCAAUCUCGCUUGAGGUGUUCAAUGCAUCACUGAAUCAACCAGGACAAAUGAUUCCGGAGGAGCAUGCUUCCAGAGGAAUCAACGCUCUUCGCCUCUUAUGCGAAACUACAAAGUCCAUUCCGGCGUUUUGGCAAAGUCGCGGUGAACGUAAGAGUGCUAUCGCACAAGUAAUACGACGGCUAGAGCCACAUGAACACAAAUACAAGCUAUGA